AUGUCUUCAGACUCGUUGGUCGUUCAAGUUUUGCACUGGAUCACACCCAUCGCGAUCGGCAUAGCCUUCAGCGUCGCGCGGCUUAUUGCAUUCUGUACACUCCAGAAACCAUCCAAAUGUUCUCGUGGCUCAGCGAAAGCUAGGCAGACCGUGUCUCUAGUACUGUCAGCAGCCCAGCAAGAUGUGACGCAGGAUAUUCAGGUAAUCGCUCGUCAGAGACUUGAUGGAUUCGCGAGAUCUGAUUUGCUCAACCAGGUUUACAUUGGAGGAUCGAUUUUCAUCUGGGGGACUGUGACAAUUAAUCUACUAGGCAAGCCGAAGCGCGUCUGGCAUCCUUACCUUACAACCUGGAUCCUAGCUGCUCUGCUUGAGAGUUGUAUUCUUCUGGUCAAGAGUUUUCCUAAGCCAAGCAAGCUCAACUUGGAUUUUGAUGCUCCUUUGCAAGUUGGUCGUAUCGUGUGCUUGUUAGGUCUUGUUGGCAGUGUGGUUUACUUCUCCCUCCACCGGAAGCUAAAACAGCAUCGAGCCGACGAAGAAUGUCGACCUUUGCUCGAUGGUCAUGGCACAAUGACUGAUGAUUAUACCUCGGUGGAAUCCGCCGAAGAUGAAGAUGGUGAUCUGCCUAAUGUCGAAGAUGAGGACGAUGGCCCCGAUCAUACGAAAGAGUUGAAGGAGAAGCAAAGGAAACGUUUACAAGAGUGUGGAAGCUGGAUGGCAUAUCUGAGAGACUUCAAGGUGCUUGCAAAACUUGCCUGGCCUACUGGAGAUCGAUCUGCAAAGAUCUGCCUGGCCAUUUUGAUGGUUGUAAUACUCGCUGACAGAGCUUUGAAUCUCUUGGUCCCUAGACAGCUGGGAAUAAUUACCGACAAGCUCUCCUCAAUACGUGACACCGGCGAGAUUCCCAUCAAAGAUAUCGGGCUGUGGAUGCUCUAUGUAUGGCUGAGUUCUUAUGCUGGUCUUCACGCGGUCACUCAGUUCUGUCAACUGCCAAUCGAGCAGCACGCUUAUCGAAAGAUCGGCACGACAGCGUUUGGUCACAUCAUGAAUCUGUCUAUGGAUUUCCACAGCAACAAGCACUCAGGAGAGCUGAUGGCAGCUAUUGGGCAAGGUCAACACCUAUAUCGACUCUGCGAUUUCGUCUUUCUCGAUGUGGGCCCAAUGGUCUUCGACCUCAUCAUAGCGCUGAUAUAUGUCACGCUUCUUUUCGAUGCAAGCAUAACCUUAAUUAUGAUCCUGGUCGGAGUUGGUUACACCUGCAUCGGAUCUAGAACGACUUCUUGGGCUAUGAACCGCCGCAGACGGUACAACCAGGCUCAACGCAACGAGGCCAAGGUCCAGAACGAGAGUAUCGGAAACUGGCAGACUGUUGCACAUUUCAACAUGGCAGACUAUGAAUGUGCCCAGUAUUCAAAUGCAGUUGAUGAGCACAAUGUCGCCCGAGGACGUUAUUACAUGGUGCAUUACGCAGGGUAUGCUGCGCAGAAUCUUCUUUUGCUUCUCGGUCAACUGUCUGCUGCGUUGCUUGCAGCAUACCGUGUGUCUCGUGGUGCAGCGCCUGUUGGCAACUUCAUUACUCUAGUGACUUAUUGGCAUACGAUCGAAGCACCGCUUACCAGCGUCUCGUUUUCCGUGAGACAACUGUCUCAGAUGCUUAUUGACUCGGAACGACUUUUGGAGCUCUUACGUACCAAGCCGAGUGUUACUGACCGCCCUGGAGCAAAACCUCUACGCUUCACAAAAGGUAAAAUCGAAUUUGAUAAUGUCAGAUUCUCUUACGACAUUCGAAAAGCAUCUCUCGACGAUGUCUCUUUUGUUGCAGAAGCUGGCAAGACCAUCGCGCUUGUUGGGGAGACAGGUAGUGGGAAGUCGACAAUUCUCAAGUUGCUCUUUCGAUACUACGAUGUAUCGAAUGGCAGCAUCAGGAUUGAUGGUCAAGACAUUAGAAGCGUCACUCUGAAUAGUCUCCGUACAGCAUUCGGCAUGGUGCCUCAAGACCCAUGUCUGUUCAACACCAGUAUUAUGGAAAACGUCCGCUAUGCUCGACUGAAAGCAACAGAUGAAGAAGUCAAAGAGGCUUGUCGAGCGGCAGCAGUUCACGAUCGCAUCAUCUCAUUCCCUGAUGGUUAUCAAUCUACUGUUGGAGAGCGUGGCGUGAAAUUGAGUGGUGGUGAACUUCAACGCAUCGCAAUUGCCAGAGCAAUUUUGCGCAAUCCUCAUAUUGUGCUGCUGGAUGAGGCAACAAGCAUGGUUGACGCAGAGACAGAAGCCGCAAUCCAGAGGGCCUUCAAGAGACUGACUAAAGGGAGAACGACGUUUGUUGUGGCUCAUCGAUUGUCAACAAUCCAAGAUGCAGAUCUCAUUCUUGUUGUGCAGAAUGGUCAAAUUGUGGAAAGAGGCACACAUGAGCAGCUCUACAGUCUCAAUGGCAAAUACACCAGACUUUGGUCGAAGCAGUUGUCGAAGCAGACGACAAAGGCAUGA